AUGCCUUUGUUAGGCAUGGGAACUGCAAAAUUUCCCUUGCCAUCGAUAGAUGAGUUAACAUCCACUUUCAUUGAGGCUAUUGAGACAGGUUACCGCCAUUUCGACACGGCGGCUGCCUAUGGCUCGGAGGAGGGAGAGCUAGAGACUUAUGGCGGAUGUAGAGUAGAAAAUGUGGGUUUUCGGGAACCCACACUCGCUAUCAGCCAAAAAGGAAUUGACGUUGUCCCUUUUGAUAUGAAAGGGGUACUAUGGGAAGCCAUGGAAGACUAGUGCUGCAGGUUAGGUCUGGCUAAGUCUAUUGGUGUCAGCAAUUUCAGUUGUACCAAGCUCACUAACCUCCUCCAAAUUGCCACCAUUCCUCCAGCAGUUAGUUAGAGCCCUUUUAACUCCGAAAUCGAAUUAAAUGUGGCAUGGCAAGAGAAAAAAUGGUUGGAGUAUUGUAACGAGAAAGGUGUUCAUGUAAGUGCCUACCGAUCUCCAUUGGAAGCCAAUGGUGCCUCUUGGGGUACCCAUGCCUUUAUGCGUAGCCCAAUAAUCAAUGACAUCGCAACUUCUAAACAAAAGACCAUCCCUCAGGUGGCAUUAAGAUGGAUAUAUGAGCAAGGGGCAAGUGUGAUAGUAAAGAGCUUUAACAAGGAGAGGAUGAAACAAAACCUUGAAGUAUUUGAUUGGGAACUUAGCACUGAAGAUAAAAUCAGGAUUCGAGACAUACCACAGAGAAAGGGAUAUAAUGGAGAGAUGUUUAUUCAUCCAAACGGGCCUUACAAAUCUGUGGAUGAAAUUUGGGAUGGAGAGAUCUGAGGUCCCCAAGUCCAGUGGCAUAGAAUAAUUUACAUAAUUCUCCUGCUAUAUCUUUUCUCAUCAUCAUCAUCUGAAUAAUUGUCAUACACCUUAGGUGUGUCAAAUUAAACCCCAACUAUGUGUUAUGGCACCUGGUUGCAUGUUCUCAUUGUAUCGUAUAAUGAAAAAGAACUCAUUUUAUGUAUCAUCUAAUUUGGGGUAGACAAUUAGUACUGUAUUUAUGUUUCUUUUUCUUUUCC